CUAUAAAGGGCGCCACCAGCGCUCGGGGCCACAGCUCUCCUCGCCCGCCGCCCCUGCCUGCCACACAGCGCCGCCGCCUGCCCCCGCCAUGGGUCGACAGAAGGAGCUGGUGUCCCGCUGCGGGGAGAUGCUCCACAUCCGCUACCGGCUGCUCCGCCAGGCGCUGGCUGAGUGCCUGGGGACCCUCAUCCUGGUGAUGUUUGGUUGUGGCUCCGUGGCCCAGGUUGUGCUCAGCCGGGGCACCCAUGGUGGUUUCCUCACCAUCAAUCUGGCCUUUGGCUUUGCUGUCACCUUGGGCAUCCUCAUUGCUGGCCAGGUCUCUGGGGCCCACUUGAACCCUGCUGUGACCUUCGCCAUGUGCUUCCUGGCGCGUGAACCUUGGAUCAAGCUGCCCGUCUACACCCUGGCUCAGACGCUGGGAGCCUUCUUGGGUGCUGGGAUCAUUUUUGGGCUGUAUUAUGAUGCAAUCUGGAGCUUCGCCAACAAUGAGCUUAUAGUCUCAGGCCCCAAUGGCACAGCCGGCAUCUUUGCCACCUACCCCUCUGGACACUUGGACAUGGUCAAUGGCUUCUUCGACCAGUUCAUAGGCACAGCCUCCCUCAUCGUGUGUGUGCUGGCCAUCGUUGACCCCUACAACAACCCCGUUCCCCGUGGCCUGGAGGCCUUCACCGUGGGCCUGGUGGUCCUGGUCAUUGGCACUUCCAUGGGCUUCAACUCUGGCUACGCCGUCAACCCCGCCCGGGACUUCGGCCCCCGCCUCUUCACUGCCAUCGCUGGCUGGGGCUCCAAAGUCUUCACGACCGGCCGGCACUGGUGGUGGGUGCCCAUUGUCUCUCCACUCCUGGGCUCCAUCGCGGGCGUCUUUGUGUACCAGCUCAUGAUCGGCUGCCACCUGGAGCAGCCACCACCCUCCACUGAGCAGGAGAAUGUGAAGCUGGCCCACGUGAAGCACAAGGAGCAGGUCUGAGUAUGCAGGGGGCCACCGCCCACCCCUGAGCAUCACUGACUGUGCAGGGGCCACUCCCUAGAAGCCCCCUUCACAAUCCCCCCUCAGGCUACAACACUCCCUAUCUACCUGCAUCCCCUGGACAGCCCCCUUCGGGAUUUCCACCGGACCCUGCCCAGAUAGGACCCUAGACCGCUGCUCUUAAGCUGUGGUGGAACAGGGGGUAGGGUCAAUACAUCCUUUCAUCUCCCAAAGGGAGAAAAUGGGCAUCGGGUGUGUGUGUGUGUGUGUGUGUGUGUGUGCAUGUGUGUGCACAUGUGUGUGUG